AUGUGCUUCUCCGUUCAUGAGGUCUCAGCAGCCACCUGCAAUGUCAGUGGCUUCAUCCACGGCAAGGGACGCAACUGCAACCGAGAGACUGGCUUGGACAACCGCUGCGUCGCAGGCAAGCGCUAUCCGCAGUUCAGAUGCUCGCCUCCGGUGUCAGCCAAGACACCGGCCAUCCUGACAAGACAAAGAGUGGUCACAUUGUCCUCCGGGUGGCUGCGUCUCGACGGCACAAACCGCUGCAACAAGAAGAUCCGUGUCAAUGCGAAUGGACGCUCCGUCCUGGCCAAGGUCGUGGACGAGUGUGACUCGGUUAACGGUUGCGAUGGGGAUCACGGAUUUGAGCCCCCGUGCCGCAACAACGUUGUGAACGGAUCGCCGGCAGUAUGGAAGGCUCUCAGGCUCAAUGAAACCAUAUCUGACUGA